AUGGCAGCAACGACAACAACUGACCUCUGCAAAGCUCUGGCAUUGUGUAGGAUUGACUCGAUGUGUGCGAAGCAGAGGGCUCUGUAGAAGCAGUUUCCAUCCCCGCGCACUUGUCUCACGGAGGAAAACUGGACGCUUAAAUCCUAACAAAGGACAAUAGGUGUGAGUAACUGGCGUUAAUGUAAAAAGGGUACCUGCAACUGACCGCCCCACCUCAUCUAAGAAGCCUACUUUAUACUUAGCACACGGCGUUUGCUCAGGAAACAGCGUAGAAAUGUCCUCCCUGCACGAGACAAGGCUAACAGCCUCCAUCUCUCGAGAGGCAAACAGCGUCACCGUCCGCGAGACCAAACAGCGGCUGCGAGGCGCGACGUAGCUCGAGACCUCCACAACAUGGAAACAACGCGCCCCAAACGCUGCAGCAGGUCCUGGUGGGUGAUGGACAGGGUCUCAUGGCGCCGAAUGAUGGGCAUAACCAAAGAGUCAGACCCAUUGUCAAGGAAUGAUGGACCACGUCCUGCCGUUGCCGUUGCUCCACGUUUGGACGAUCACAAGGACGAUCGACGGUCUUUUCCGGAUGUUUUCCUGGAUCUGUGUGGCUGUUGCCCGGGGAACGCGGGCGAGACAACAGGGCAUGGGUCGGGAUCGUUUCUCCGUCGUCAUGGCAACUGCCAUGGAGGUGGUUCUGUUUCAUUGAGUCAAUGAGAGGCAUAGAAAUGAGAUCGUUAACUAGAGGUCCGAGACGAGGAGAGCAGUAAGAGCGCUCACUCCGGUCUAAUUCCCGCGAACCAGGAGGACUAAACUCCGGAUUGCGGACUCUGAGGUCCAGGAAGGGUUCUGGAUCUGAACUCCUGUGAUGAAUACUGUUCCUCUGCAGACUUCAGCAGUGAGAUGUGUUCAGUGUCGGAAAAAGCGUUCAGAUCCUUUAAGUAGCAUUUCCCAGCUAAACCAUCUCUUCAAAAAGUUUAUUUAGUUUAAAAGUAGGAGAAUUUUCCCAACGAUGUACUAUAACUUCACCUUUAAAAUCCCAUAAUUUGGAGAUACUUAGUUUUCACUGCAGGAAGGGUUUGAAAAAUUGUAAUCUGAAACUAGUAACUAGCAGAAGUAUAAAGUUACAUAAAAUGGAAAUACUCAAGUAAAGUGGGAGUACCUCAAAUAUGUACUUAAGUGCAGUACUUGAGUAAAUGUACUUAGUUACUUUCCAGCACUGGAUGUGUCCCACAAUUAACUUAAUAUUGAUCAGAAAUGAAAAAAAGCAUUAGGCUCGCACAUAUAUUUAGACAUUUAAAAACACUCUGACUGUUAUUAUAAUUUCCAGGAACUUUGAAUGUGAAGAUAUUUUCAUUGUCAUAACACAAAGUUUAAGAUGGUGGAUGAAAGAUGUAUCUCACUUUACUGAAAAGUCUGUUUUUAGUGUAGUAUGGCCACUGGGUAACUUCCAAGUUACCACAUCACACUUGUGGAAGUUGCAUAUUGAACCAUGAUGGUUUCCAAACAAGUUGUGACGUCACGAAAAUCCUGCUAGUACGUAGUACGUGUGAAUCCAGGUCUGGCGUAAGCACAGAGAAACUUUCCCUUUCAGCAGGUGUGGAAACAGAAUUUAUUUAAUUUAACUGCACAUACAUCAUUCUGCACAAUGAAGGUCAGACAUCCACGUUUCUGAGUGAAGAAGGACUGUCACAUGGAAUAUACCUAACAGACAGUGAUUCAUUGAUUCAUGUGACAUGUUGUAACAGGAAAACCACAGGUGUAAUUAAUAAUGUGAAUAAGGGCUGAGCUUAAUGUAGCUCAACUAGUCUCAUUGACGAGGCUUCCUGAUGCACUUGAAUGGAACAGAGCCACCCAUAAUGGAUCUUAGCUUCGCGGGGGCAUUUCUUGCCAUGACAAGCCUUUGAAAAAGGUCACAGAGAACGAGCUGAUAAUGUUCAGAGGAAAAAUUCCACGUGAACUCGAGCUGUUGUGUGUCAGUAUUGCCUCUAUCUUCUCCGCUUUGCUUGUCCAGCAGCCCUGCUCCACUCUACCUUCAGCAUGGUUAUAAUGUUAGCUCUAGAUGUAGCUGCCAUGAACCACCUUGUGCUGAUUUUUAGAGAUGUAACAAAACAGUGCGUCGGCAUGUCCUAUCACAUAUUUCAAUUUAAAAGUAACUGUUAAGACAAUAAACUACAGCUCAUUUGUUUGGGUGUCAGCCUGCCCUUUCACAGCAUUCACUGCAAUCGAAGAGUGCCGCAGCUUUCACAACGCAGUUAAAUCACCAAGUUUGCCUCCGUCAGCCAAAAAGAAAUUCGACAACAGCCUCAGAGCUGUCGUAGUCUAGUUCCUCCAGACGGACUUGUUUGUGUCAAAGAAGAAACAAACACAGGCCACCUCCACUGUUGAUGCAGGAAGCUUUUUUUCACAAACACUUCCGAAGAACUGAUUGUGACACAAAAAUCAGCUGUCAAAGUCGUGUCCUCGCUGAGCAUGUUUUCACACUUCACACACUCAUGCGAGAGCUGAUACAGCAGAGGGAUAUUGCACAGUGUUAUAAAGGGGGAUCAACACAUGUAACGCUAAAGCCAUUUCUGAGAAUGAGGAACCAAGGACACUUUCAUGUGUUUUUUAAUCUUCUGGUCUGGAUCAUCAGCUUCAUCACUGCUCUGUGAAGAAGACAGCAGCACACUGUUUGAUGUCCUGAGUCCUCACAGUGGACAACACAUCGCCUCCUGUGAUGAUCGCAGUCAGCAGAUCCAGGUCUCUUUACCAGAGGCUGAACAAUGACAUCAAGGACAGGCUGGCUGUCUCCUUCCUGAGUCUCCACACUUCAGCCAACUCAACAGUGAGCUUGCUCAGAGAUGUUGACCCGGUGGUCUUGGCCAUCAGGAGAGGGGAUGCGAAGGCUGUUAAUGAUCUGGCAACAUCGGCUGCUCACUGCCUGCUGAAGGAGAACAAAGACGGGUGGAUACCGCUGCACGAUGCUGCCUUCUGUGGACAGACGGAGUGCCUGAAGAGCCUACUGAGGGCCCAUCCAGGUUCAGUCGACAAACGCACCUUGCAGGAGCAGACGGCCUUGCUGCUCGCUGUGUCUUAUGAGCACUCGUCUUGUGUGCGGAGCCUUCUGGAGGCAGGCGCAGACCCUGACAUCAGCAGCAAGAACAAAGAAACCCCUUUGUACAAAGCCUGUGAGUUGGAGAAUGUGGACAUGGUGAGCCUCAUUCUGUCCUACGGGGCCACUGUGAACCAGCGGUGUGCUCAGGGUUGGACAGCCCUCCAUGAGGCUGUAUCCAGGAACAGCACAGAGAUCUGUGAGAUACUAAUAAGAGCCGGAUCCACGAUCAAUCCGCCUAACACCUACAGCAUCACACCACUUAUUGUAGCAGCUCAGCGAGGACAGAUGAGGACGCUGUGUUACCUUAUUGGGAAAGGCGCAGAUGUGAACAUGCAGACGUGUGCCGGUGCCACGGCGCUCCAUGAGGCUAGUAAAAAUGGCCACAAGGAAAUUGUAGCAGUGCUGUUGACUAAAAACGCAGAUGCCAACAAACCCACUAACUCAGGGCUGCUACCGCUGCAUGUUGCUGCCCAAUACGGACACCAUGAGAUUGUGUCCCUGCUUGUCCCAGUGACAAGUCGAGCCAGGCUCCGCCACAGUUGCAUCAGCCCCCUCCACCUGGCAGCAGAGCACAACAGACGCACUGUGGCAGCUGUGCUGCUGAAGACAGGUGCAGAUGUAAACGCCACGCUGGCCCACAGUCACUCUAUCCAGUAUGCUGAUCGACGCGCAACAGCCCUCUACUUCGCCAUCGCCAACGGCAGCGCCGAGACAGCAGAGGUGCUACUGAACGCAGGCGCUAGUCUAAGCCUGGACCCAGUCAGUCCUCUGCUGAUGGCCGUACGGCAGGGCUGUGUCAGCACUGUGUCCUUACUGCUGGAGAGAGGGGCCGACGCCAACGCCAGAAUCCCGUCCUAUGCCACGAAGUUCCCCGGCGCUGUUGCACUCUGCAUGAAUAAUCUCCCUCUACUCAAAAGCCUCCUGGACAAUGGCUGCGAUGCCCUCUCUUGUUUUACAUGUACACAUGGCAGCGCCCCUCACCCAACGAUAGGAGGAUCCAAUGUGAGAAGUGGCAGCAAUGGAUUUGUUCUGCAGAAUGACAGUAUGCUGCCUUUAAACUGCGGUGAGCCACCAGAAAGGCCAACACAGUUCUGUGAAUGGAUCUCAUCAUCAGUCAUGUGUAAAUGGGCAGGACCGAUCAUAGACCUGCUGCUGGAGCAUGUUGGUCAUGUUCAGCUGUGCAGCAAGCUCACCGAACUGCUGGACAGCCAGGAAGAAUGGCUCACUGUUAAGAGGAAGUCACUGUCACCUCGUCCACUGCUGCACCUUUGCAGAUUACGGAUUCGGACCCAAAUGGGGAGACACGGACUGAAAUCUCUCACAAGCCUACCUCUGCCAGACAGACUCAUCAGAUACCUGAGCCUGGCCGACUGACGUCAAGAUGAACGUCAAGCAAUAUAGGCAUCAGGGAUGUGACUAAAUUUAUCAUUUUGUGUUUCUUUUUUUAGUCGUCUCUAUUAUCUUGAAUCUGUAAAUGCAAUUCUCUAUGUAUAAAACAUCUAUUUAUAACAUAUGUAAUGUGACAGUGCGUUUCUUUAAUCUGCCCCUCAGAAUGAUCCAAUGCCCAGAGGAGUUCUUGAGGGAAGUUGAAUCAUUUAUUUGA